GUCUGUCGAAUCAAUAUACACUUGGUAUGCAUUUCAAAAAUCAACAGGUAAAUUACUUGUAGACUGAAGGUCCUGUCAAUAUGGUGUCUUAUAGAAUAUCCGUUAAAACUGGAGACAAAAAGGGAGCGGGGACCGAUGCCAAUGUAUAUGUUAUACUGCAUGGAAAAGGUACUAAGACAAGCGAGCACAACCUUGAUACUUUCUUUAAAGAUGAUUUUGAAAGAAGCAGCAUUGAUACCUAUUCAGUUGAUUCUGAUGUCAACAUACCCGAAGUUCAAAGAAUCGAGCUAUGGCGAGACAAUAAUGGUUUGCUGAGCAACUGGUAUUUAGAUUGGAUUGAGGUUACCAACAUGGCAACUGGUAUCACGUCUAUAUUCCCUGCGAUGAAGUGGAUCAAAGAAGACAAUCAUUACUUUUUCAAACACAUAGACACAUGCCUACCACAAGAUGAUCCUUUCAAAGAUAUGAGAAUGCUUGAAUUACAGACUAUACAGAAAGACUAUCAGUUACAAGUGAAAGUGCCUGGACUACCUGCUCAGGUUAAAGAAUUACCAGAUGAUGAACGUUUUUCAUUCGAUUAUAAAUUCAACAUAGGAAUGAAGACUAAAAUAUAUGCAGAUGAAAGUAAGAGAUUAGUUAUGGCCCAUGGUUACAACUGGAAGGAUGCAGAUGACGUCAAGACUGUGUAUACGCCAGUCUUUGGUGUCCCACAGGGUUCAGAAGAAUAUUUUAAUGAUGACGCCGAUUUUGGGCGACAGAGACUUGCCAGUUUGAAUUCUUCACUCAUCACACUGUGUACAGCAUUACCAGAAAAGUUUGGAGUGACUGAAAAAAUGGUAAAGCAAUUUUUGGAAGGCAAGACGUUAGGACAAGCCAUAGAUGAAAAACGGCUAUUCAUCAUUGACUUGGCGAUCUUAGAAGGAUGCCCUGCAAAGACAGAGGACAUUAUUAUAACUUGUCCGUUUGCUCUGUUCUAUUUCAACAAUGCCAACCAUCUUAUGCCGAUAGCUAUACAGUUAUUUCAGCAAAAAGGACCAGAUAAUCCAGUCUUCCUACCAUCCGAUCCAGUGUACACGUGGAUGUUGGCAAAGAUGUGGUACAGUCUAGCUGAUGCUACAUACCAUCAAGGUCUUACUCAUUUGAAUUUUACACAUUUCAUGAUGGAAGGAAUAUGUGUUGCGACAAAGCGGAACCUUUCACCAUCGCAUCCAAUCCUAAGAUUACUUAAUCCUCACUUUAUCUAUCUAAUUGCUAUAGAUUUCCGUGGUCUAGGUACUCUGGUUAACCCAGGAGGUUUCUUUGACAAAACUUCAAAUGGUGGAAUUAAUGCUGCCUUCCACUUAAUGAGAAAGAGCAUGGAUUUCUGGAGAUUGGAUUUGAAUGGAACUUUACCAGAAAAUUUAAAGAGCAGAGGGGUUUUGGAAGAGUCUGUUUUAAAAGGCGCCUAUCAUAUGAGGGAGGAUGGGCUUCUCCUUUAUGAUGCAAUCAAAACAUACGUUCAGAAAUAUGUAGCUCAUUACUACACCGUACAAGGUUCACUGAAGGCUGACUAUGAAAUACAAAACUGGGGCGCAGAAAUUGUAAAGUCAAGAGAUGAUGGUGGUGUAGGAAUUUUGGGUGUUCCAAAUAAUGGCCAAUUUGAAACAACUGACCAGCUAGUGGUGACAUUGACAGCCAUUAUUUAUACAUGUAGUGUUGCUCAUGCUGCAGCCAAUUUCCAACAAUAUGACGAAUAUGGAGCUCCAUUUAGAUUCCCGUUUAUUAUGCACGGAGUUCCGCCUAAAGAUAAGAAUCCAGUAGUGAUUGAAACGAUCUUGAAGUCUAUUGCUAACCGAGCUGAACUUCUCGGAGUAAUGUCAAUCACAAAAGUACUAAGUGAGAAGGCAACACAAAGUCUUGGUGAUUUUGAAAAACAAUUGAUUGUAGAUCCACCAGCACUACAAAUUGUAGAUGAAUUUCGACAAAGCUUACGGAAUGUUGGUAAAACAAUUGACGAUCGCAACAAAAGAAGGGAACAUCCAUAUGAAUGGCUUCAUCCUUCAGCGAUACCUAAUGCCAUUAGCAUAUGAAGUUAUGUCUACGUUAAAUUAACUGAAGCAUAUCAUUCAAAAUAUUUACUGUACUGACUUCUGAGGAUCAACUUAUAUUUGUGAAUGUGGGUUUUAAUUAUAUGAUUUGACAUCA